AUGCUCUUACUACUUCCAUAUGAGCUACAGUUGAAAGUUAUAGACUUCAUUUCCCCAAAGGACCUGCCCUCCUUCUCAUCGAGCUGUAAAUAUCUUCAGGAACUCUGCCGCAACCACCUGCGAGAACACAAGAAAUACAGAAAAUGGCAAUCUGAAGUCCUCUGCUCUUUAACUCCAUCAAACAUCCGCCGGUGCAGAACGAAUGAGGCCUUUAGCAAUGGUGCUCCGCGAUUGUUGCUCGAGAUCGCCCAAAGUCCCCGCUUGGCCCCGUACGUCGAGGAACUCGCCCCGGAGUCCUUCGAUUGGCCACAGCACCUAUGCUUGACCUGGGAUUUGAGUUUAAAGUGGAUUAGACGGCUGGUUCAAGCAUCACGCAUCGUUGAGGAUGAAGAGGUGUGUGACUGGAUGCAUGCAGUGGCCACUGGGACUGGGGGAGCUGCACUGGGACUUGCCCUUGGGCAGCUGACAGAGCUGAAGACUAUGGAGCUGGAGUUGAACGCCUACGAUACUAUCCUUCCCUAUGUCCCUCGCGCCGUGAGUAGGCUGGCAACAAGGUCUCAUAGCGGACUCCAGGAUCAACCCUUGUCGUGUUUGACUGACGUGCGAGUCAACUUCCUAUCUUAUGACCGCGACGAGGAGGAAGGCGACGAUGAAUCGUAUGGAUCCGAAAGUAGUGAGGAUAGACGAGAGCAACGUUUACAGGCAGUUCUCAGCGAUGAUUACUUUCAGCAGAUUAUCCGCCUCUUAACUGCGUUGGCUCGAUUGCCAGCUCUUAAAAACCUCUCGUUCUGGGAUUACUACUCACAGCCAGUUUGGCAGGAAGAUGUGAGUGCGGAAAGCUCCAUCACCUAUGACUGGGACGAUGAAAUGGACCCGGCGUAUCCCCUGCCACCCGCAAACUCCGGGCUGGAAUCAGUCGUUGUGGAUCGGGGAAACAUCUCCGGUCGCGCCUUGUCCAGGAUUAUUGAUGGAUGUUCCAGCCUGAAGCAAUUCAAAUAUAUGGUCUUCCACACGCCAGAGGUAUUUGGCCAACGCCUUGGAGAUGUACAAUAUCGAAACCCUCUACCCCACAUGAGUAUUGAGGCCGUGUGUACAGCAUUGCUUACCCAUGCCAAGUUUAGCUUACGACACCUCCACAUCGAACUCAUGGAGUACGGUUCCAUAUGUGGCUGUCGCCACGAACCUUGCCUGGAGCCAUACCGUCCCUAUAUGUCGAUCAACCCAACCGCGCCGCCAACAACAAACUGGAGAUGGAAUGAAUUCACCCGGCUAGAGCGGCUCACCCUUGACAUUGAUCUGUUUAGCAAUCUUGAAGGAAACGGAUGGCUCCCGUUCGCGCAGACCCUUCCCGCUUCCAUUCAGGACGUUGUAAUCCUGGCUCCUCGCUGCCCUCCAGGAGCGGAUACGCUGGACUUCCAGAACAUGUUUCGUGAUUUUAACCCCCAGAGCUUUCCAAACCUUCGGUCAAUCAGCGCAUGGCAUCGAAAUUACAAGGACUUUCAUGAACUCGGACACAAUGGAGCAGAGCACAUUCUGGUUGUCUAUAGACUGGCGCUUGAACGCGCUGGAAUACAGGCGGAGGGGACCACAGAGUAUGCACUAAGCAGCGAUUACUUUGCAAAGCGGAAAAAGCCUUAUUGCCACUGGCCACCAGGGGUUAGGAUGAAUCGGUUUGGGAAGGAUGACUACGAUCUAUAUGCGUUGCCAGAGACGGACCUCAAGGGGAGAGUAGUGUUCGGUGUGUACCAUGCUGACAGCAGUGGCGACGUCUACACUGGAAUUACAAUGAAAACGGCCUAG